AAUGCAUUUCAUUGGCUCCAGGGAGGCAUGAUGCCACCGGGCAGCUCUUUUUAAGAGAAAAGCCAGAACCAGUGGAGCAGCGACCCCUGAGCAGUGUUCUCUGUGCUGAGUGGCGGGACUGAGCUGCUGAGUUAGAGCCAACAUGAGUGAGCGACAAGGUGCUGGGGCAACCAAUGGAAAAGAAAAGACAUCUGGUGAAAAUGGUAAGAGGACAUGAAGAGUCCAACUUCUUUCUCUUUUGCCAUCUGCAGCCCUGGGUACGCAGCAGAUGGACAGAAGAAAGUUCAGGAGGAAUUUGACAUUGACAUGGAUGCGCCAGAGACAGAACGUGCAGCGGUGGCCAUUCAGUCUCAGUUCAGAAAAUUCCAGAAGAAAAAGGCUGGGUCUCAGUCCUAGCGGGAGAGCCCCCUCUGAGUCCACCUGACAACACCAAACUCAACCAUCAUCUGUCAAGAAAUGAAAAGAACAACACCCUAGAGAGAAGUCAUCCACACACAAUCCACCCACGCACAGCAAACCUCCAAUGCAUGUACAGAAACCUGUGAUAUUUAUACCCUUGUAGAAAGGUAUAGACAAUGGAAUUGUGAGUAGCCUAAUCUCUAUGUUUCUCUACAUUUUCAUUCCUCCUGCAACUAUGUUCCUCGAUGUUGUAAUAAAAUGAAGUUAAGAUGAGUGAA